GCGCUCGGGGAGACGGCUGGAGCUGCGCCGGUGGCGGCUCGGCGCAAGCUCGCCGGCCCGGCCUCCGCCGCCCGCUGACUCGCAUACCCGCUUCCCUCCCGCCGCGUCCCCGCUCGAAGAUGGCAACCGACGGGCUGCACGAGAACGAGACGCUGGCGUCGCUCAAGAGCGAGGCCGAGAGCCUCAAGGGCAAACUGGAGGAGGAGCGGGCCAAGCUGCACGACGUGGAGCUGCACCAGGUGGCCGAGCGCGUGGAGGCCCUGGGGCAGUUUGUCAUGAAGACCAGAAGGACCCUCAAAGGCCAUGGGAACAAAGUUCUGUGCAUGGACUGGUGCAAGGAUAAGAGGAGGAUCGUGAGCUCCUCGCAGGAUGGGAAGGUGAUCGUGUGGGAUUCCUUCACUACUAACAAGGAGCACGCGGUCACAAUGCCCUGCACGUGGGUGAUGGCGUGUGCGUAUGCCCCCUCAGGAUGUGCCAUUGCGUGCGGUGGUUUGGAUAAUAAGUGUUCUGUGUAUCCACUGACGUUUGACAAAAAUGAAAACAUGGCUGCCAAAAAGAAGUCUGUUGCUAUGCACACCAACUACCUGUCGGCCUGCAGCUUUACCAACUCUGACAUGCAGAUCCUGACAGCGAGUGGCGACGGCACGUGUGCCCUGUGGGACGUGGAGAGCGGGCAGCUGCUGCAGAGCUUCCAUGGGCACGGGGCCGACGUGCUCUGCUUGGACCUGGCUCCCUCAGAAACCGGGAACACCUUCGUGUCUGGGGGAUGUGACAAGAAAGCCAUGGUGUGGGACAUGCGCUCUGGACAGUGCGUGCAGGCCUUUGAAACACACGAAUCAGACAUCAACAGUGUCCGAUACUACCCGAGCGGAGAUGCCUUUGCUUCGGGAUCAGAUGAUGCUACGUGUCGCCUCUACGACCUCCGGGCAGACAGGGAGGUUGCCAUCUAUUCCAAAGAGAGUAUCAUCUUUGGAGCUUCCAGCGUGGACUUCUCCCUCAGUGGUCGCCUAUUGUUUGCUGGAUACAACGAUUAUACCAUCAACGUCUGGGAUGUCCUCAAGGGAUCCCGAGUCUCCAUCUUGUUUGGACAUGAAAACCGUGUUAGUACUCUACGAGUUUCCCCUGAUGGGACUGCCUUUUGCUCAGGAUCAUGGGAUCAUACCCUCAGAGUCUGGGCUUAAUCAUAAUGCACACAUAGGUACCUGAGAAUAGAAUUUGAAAUCGUCACAUGUAAAUAGAUCUUGCUUCUAGAGGAUCUGAGAGUUUAUUGCAACUUAGCUUAAGGGAGCAGCUCCAUGACUGAAAGUUCAGCAAGCAUCUCCAAUAUUACUGUUAAAACCACCACCCUGGAAAGAUCCCAGUAUGAGCCUUCAGCACUAUGAGAACACCUUCAAGUACAGUGUUUUUCAUUUCAAACACUUUUUAAAAUGUAUCUGUUUUUAAGGUUAUUCUAAACUAUCGUCUCAACUCAUUCUAUCCCCAGUACAGUUCAGCAUAUAAUAUAUUCCGUACUGUUUCCUUGAAUCAAAUUUAUUUUUCGGAGCACUUUAAAAGCUGAUUUUUCUCAGUGUACACUGUGACUUUUGGAACCUUCCCCUGGAAGUGCUGACUUUAAUGGACUGUGUGAGAAGGACAGUGUUAAUUGGUCUUUGAUAGAAGAAAAUGCCAAUUCCAAAUGUAAUUAGACAGAAUCAAUUUUUUAAAAGUGUGUUUAUAUGGUGAAAGUAUCCUUUUCAGCCUUGCGUCCUAUUGUAUUUUUUCGGAUAAAACAUUUUCAUAUGUGUAAACAGUUAUAAAUGAAGCAGAGAUAUCAUAAAAUAGAAGGUUUGAUGUGUGAAUCUUGUGAUGGUGGGAUAUAUCACUGCAUCAUGUGGACAGGACGUUUUCUUUCAUUAGAGGGAAAAGCUGAGUGCUGUUUGUGACACAGAUGCUUCUCAGAGCAACCAAAACCUUUCUGUGUGGGAACACAAGACAGUAAACUCAUUUAAAAACCUGUUUGUAGUGUUAGACGUAUUAGGAUUAGUAGCAUCUACUCAGGCUAAAAUGAAUCUUGUCCAUAUCACUUAUACUCAUCUUUAUUGCAUUGCAA